CCUGCAGCCUGCAACGAUCAACCAAACAGCCCAAGAAAAUAAAUCGGACGCAGCCAACAGAAGAAAACGCGUUCGCCCUUCGCAGCGCUCGUCCUGGCUUCGACUCGAACCAGGCACCAGUGACGCGACGGCGCCGGCGGCCGGCUCACCUGCUCCAGCGAGAUCGCCGCUCGCGCCGAGGAUGGACGGCAGCCCCGGGUCGCCGUCGCCGGAGACGGACGAGAUCGUCGUGAACCUGCCCACUGCUGCUCCAGAGCCUUGCGCCCAGCAAACGAAUGAAACCAAAGCAAAACCAAAAAGAAAGACACUUUUUUCUUUCUACAAGAAGGUGCCUACUGAAGGGGGCAGGGAAGAUGGUUUGGUUGAUCAAAUUUCUCAAUUAGAUGAAACUCCAGUAGCAGCUCCAAUUGUAUUACAUGAUGAAGCGACACCUGCACCCAAAGUUCCGAAAUUAAAUUCAGAUGGUAGUGUUUUGAUUGUGGAACGCGAUCCUGGUUUACGAGGUCAAAUUUGGGACUAUCCUGUUGAUGAACAAGAUCGAGCUCGCAGAAUAUAUGUUAUGCUUGGCCCAUAUCAGAAUAAAAUGGAAGAUGGAUUUCUAAGAGAUUGCUUGGUGCUCUAUAUUGAGAAAGAGAUAGCAAUUAAAAUCACAAUGGAUUCAAUUAUCGAUGAUUUCAAUGCAGUUAAGGAGCGUGCGGUUAGAUUCAAAGACUAAAGUAAGUUAUAUUGACCCUUUUGCCAACAAUCUUUUGUAUGAACAAUCAGUUCCAUAAUAUAUUUGUACAUGGUUCUGCAAAUUAUUAGAAUACGGUGUGAAUCAGCA